AUGCAAGAAUGCUUCCUCAACGAUGCGCGAACCGUCGCCGUCCCUAAAGUGUAUGCCUAUCUCGGUAUGCCGCAAGACCACCCCGACCCUCUCUACGGCUCCUAUAAAGUACUUGGUCUGCGCGACGACGUCUGCUUCGACCGCAAUGGUCGUUUGGGAGCCUAUGGCUCAGCCACACAGUCGACAGAAAGCGCUCAAUUCUCCGAUCGUGAGAGUCAGCGAAGUCCGAUAGAUUGGAGCAAUGUCGAUUGGGCAGUUGCACAGAAGAGAUGUUAUGACGACAAUACCCUACGAUCUAAUAUCGAGGGCGCAACGACAUCGGCAACGGCAGAUGCCUUGCCGCAGCUUCCCAGGCAAGCAAUUGUGUUACGAACAUGGACAGGCUAUCGAUACACACGCCAAGCUAUAAAGAAUCUCAGGGCGCUAAUCAGUGAAGUCUCCCUGGGCUCAGGCGGCGAGUACGAUGUUCAUCUACUGGUCCACGUUAAGAACAAUUCGGCGCGCUUCUGGGAGUCGCACGAGUUGUACAACCAGAUCCGUCAUGAAAGUGUACCAGCAGAGUUCCGUGGCUUGGUCACGCUUUGGUCCGAGAAACAAAUGGAACAUGUCUACCCUGGCCCAUUCUGCAAUGAGACGCUGAACAGAUCUGAACAGCCCCUCUACGGAGUCUACAGGAGUUCUCACAUGCCACUGCAGUGGUUUGCGCAACGCAAUCCACAAUAUGAGCACUUCUGGAAUUGGGAAAUGGAUAUUCGUUAUAUUGGUCAUUACUACGAGUUCUUUGACCGUCUAGGAGAAUGGACAAAAUCACAACCAAGGCGCGGCAUCUGGGAGCGCAGUGCAAAGUAUUAUCUCGAGAAGCUGCACGGGACGUGGGCAGAAUUUUCUGAUAUCGUGGAGAAAGAGAAUCCCACCACCAUCUCUGGUCCAGUUGACUUUGCUGGUUCUCGAAAGCUUGAAUCGCAGGCACCAUACAAUGCAUCUAGUACAGGAUUUGGAGAGGAUGCUGACCUGAUCACAAUGAGUCCUCUGUUCGAUCCCGAGGAUUCGGGAUGGUUCUUCGAACGGGAUGUCACAGGGUAUGACACACAGCUACCCAUACCACCACGUCGUAUUGCCAUCAUCGCAGCAGCGCGGAUGUCUCGUCGGCUCCUGAAUCUGAUGCACACGGAGAUGGUCGAACUAAAACACACCAUGUGGACGGAGAUGUGGCCACCGAGUCUCGCUUUGCACUACGGAUUAAAAGCAGUCUUUGCACCACAUCCUGUCUACUACGAUCGCGAGUGGCCAAUUGUGACAGCUGAUAGAACGUUCAAUGCUGGGAAACAUGGUUCGUCUGGAGGCAAUGCUUCAUCUGUGUUUGGAGCAUUCGAACACAAUUUUAUCGGAAGUACUUGGUAUUGCAGCACAAAGUUUGCGGGUGACCUUUGGAGAGCCUGGCUUGGUCGCGGCAGUCAAGAAAACAGAUUACGGAAUGGGCUCGACCAGAUGUGUCUGCGUUCGAUGCUCUUGCACGCAGUGAAGCAUGAAUGA